AUGCAGAUUUUUGUCAAGACCCUUACCGGUAAGACUAUCACCCUCGAGGUGGAGUCUUCCGACACCAUCGACAACGUCAAGUCCAAGAUCCAGGACAAGGAGGGAAUUCCCCCGGACCAGCAGCGACUUAUCUUCGCCGGUAAGCAGCUCGAGGACGGCCGAACCCUUUCUGACUACAACAUCCAGAAGGAGUCCACUCUCCAUCUCGUCCUGCGACUUCGAGGUGGUGGUAAGAAGCGAAAGAAGAAGGUCUACACCACCCCCAAGAAGAUCAAGCACAAGCGAAAGAAGAACAAGCUUGCUGUCCUCAACCUCUACAAGGUUGACGAUGACGGAAAGGUUGAGCGACUUCGACGAGAGUGUGAGUCUGAGUCCUGCGGUGCCGGUGUCUUCAUGGCUGACAUGAAGGACCGACAGUACUGCGGCCGAUGCCACCUCACCCUCAAGGCCUAA